UUUGUUUUUAACGGCUCUACUGUUGCUGUGGACCCUUUUCAUAUCGGGCUAAUGUCAAUCACAUACUUGCAAGAAUAGCAGUGUGCCCAUCACCAGCAUCAUGGAUGGGAUCAGUAUGAGCAAUGAGUCCCUGUGGUCAAUCCUCUCUGGGACAAGUGUGGUGUACUCCAAUACCAUUGUGGGAAAGCAGCUUGAGGAAGGCAAAGACAAGUUCUCGAAAGGCAUCCUCUAUUAUGCUAAGUCAUCUGAUGAUGACAAGGGAAAGACAUCAAAAACAUCAUCAACAGGUUCUUCUGCUCAGAAGGACUUCUUGUCAAAGAUUAUGAAGCUAAUUGACGUGUCUGAGCCGGUGGCCGAGGAGCUGCUGUACAGCUACCUGGUCUCCGAGUUCCGCGGCACGUCGCGCUCUCUAUCGGCGCUGCUCUCGUCGGAGCGACACCAGCAGGCGCUGCUGGUCAGCGUCUGGCGCUUCUACCACACGGAGCGACUUUACCUGCUCAUGGGACUGCGGCAGAUCAUCGCGCGUCACGCCGACACCGAUCACCCGUACAAGCCUCUGUUUGCCAAGUUCCUGAAUUAUGUGAUCGAUAAAGACGGCCGUCUGCUGCCGUCACUACUGGACCAGCUGGAGUGGUGUGUGUCGGCCCAGCCGCCCAGCUGGAGGCACAACGAAGCGCUCAGCUCCCCAGCCGGCCGUGACAGCUGGGUCAGCAGCGCGCUCAAAGAGCAGGCCGAGCUGCUGCAGUGCGUGCUGACCUACUGCCAGCAGCGCCAGCCGCUCAACCGCAGCCAGCUGCUGAGACUCGUCAACCUGUUCACGCGUCACGCGCUGGGCCACAGCCCGCCGUACGCGCAGCUGCUCACAGAGCAGCACGCCGAGCUACUGCGCUCCGUCACCCUACUCCAGACCACCGUCUGCCUGCACGGCAUGCAACUGGGCCAGCUGGCCGACCAAGUCAGGGGCUCUCCAUUACUGGAGACUCACCUGUUAUCCACCGAGAUGGCACGUGCCGAGCUGGACGCUGCGCUGCCGCUGGGAGCUCGACCAGAGCACGGUCCGCUGCUGCUCGCCUGGCUGCUGGUGCUGCACGUGACGGCGAACGGAGCGGCAGGCAGCGAGGGGCGCCGCGCGGCACUCACCCGCCGCUGCCGCCAGCUGAACGUCCUGGGCUACAUACGACAGAUGCUGACGGAGGCCGAGGUCUUCCAGAACAGGACCUCGAUGAUCGGCAAGAUUGCCCGGGCAACGAUCUACAACGUCGUGGAUCUACUCCUGCUCUGCUUCGACGCUACGAACCUGGGUGACGAAAAGGACAUGGUGACGAUCUGCGCCGAAGUUCUAUCGGUGCCGCACCUGGCCGCCGAUUUCUGGGCGGCCGACUCCGACUCGUGUGGCCUCCGUCUGCUGUUUGACGACGUGGCGGCACGGUUCCCGGCGGACGCGGCGCCGCUCCUGGAGCUCUGCGCCGGCCUGGCCCGCGCCGGUGUCUCCAGCCUCACGGAGGUGGUGUCGUACCUGCAGCGUGUUCCCUGUUUCGCCGAGCCGGCGGCGGCCGUACCCGGCGGCUCGGCGGCCGUCUCGCAGGGAGGCCGACUGUGGAGUCUGCGCGCUCCGCGCCGGCCCGAGCAGCGGCUGCCGCAGCUGCUGAUACCGGCCGGUACAGAGGGCCGCCUGCUGGAGGGCCGCCACCACCUGGUCAGCUGGUCGGUGGCCCACUCCGGCUGGCAGCGGGCGCUCAUCUUCCUGGAUGAUCUGCACCAGGAGGGUCAGCUGGGCGAGCAGCACGUGCAGCCGGAGACGCUGGAGCGCGCCGGCGCCGUGGCCUGUCUGCUGCGAGCGGCCAUGGAGACGGGCUCUCCGGACCUGCUCCGUCAGCUGCGGCCGCAUAUCGACCUCCUGUUCCCCAUUCUGGAGCGUCACUACCGCUGGGGCUCGCCGCCCCAGUCUUUCGUCCACCACGCGGCAGAGGUGCUGGCGCUGUACGCCCGCGUCGAGCCGCACUACGUUUGGGAGCACAUGGACAGAAACAGGCUCCUGCCGCGGGGCGGCGCUGGCGGCGACCCGGUGCUCUCGGUAGAGGCCGGCCGGCUCGGUGAGCUGAUCGAGGCUCACGAGUGUGUCCAGCGGAAGUACCCGCUGACCCAGGCCUUCCUACACCUGCUGCACAACACCGUGCAGGCGGCGCCGGACCCGCCGCCGGCCGCCCUGGUGCCGGCCGUAGCGUUCGUGCUCCGGGACGUGUUCCCUGCGCACGUGCGCUGGCAGUACGCGCGGCGCGGCGACGAGACGGCGCUGGGCCGAGCCUGUCUGCGCCUGCUGGACGCUCUGCUGCCGCUGGACGGUCCGGGGCCGCUGCGGCAAAUGGUGGCGCGCGCACUGACUGACGGACCGCCGGCCGAGACGCUGCUGGCUCUGGUGGUGCACGGCGAGGCCCGUAUCGUGAUGCUGCUGGAGGAGCAGACCCACUGGGACACCGGCGCCGGAUUGGAGUUUAUCCGGCUGAUCCACGUGGCGCUCUCUGUGCUGAACAGGCUGUUGGUGUUGCGGUGUCGCGAGGACCUCCCCCAGCAGCAGCAGCAGCAGCAGCAGGCCAGCCUGCUGGAGACCCUGCUGACCAGCCAGCCGGUGGGCCGCGGCCAGCUACGCCCGGUGCUGGCCAUCGCCCAGUACCUGUUCCACCGACACAACCCGCACCUGCCCACACUGGCCAUCCGGCUGCUGCUUCGACUGGCCAAGGUGUUCCCGAUGUCGCUGCUGGCCUCGUUCGGCCAGGACUCGGACGUCAUCUGCAGCGUCAUCCUGCGCCGGCUGAGAGCCGAGACCGAGGACGCCAGUCUGAAGGUGGCCGUGCUCGACUUCCUGGCGACGUGCGUCACUUCACAGCCGGGACUGCUGCAGCGCCUGCUCGGUGUCGGGACGGUGGAGUCCGAGGAUGGGACCAAGAAAAAGGCCGAGCAGGAUGAUGAGGGCGGCUUCCUCGAGGAACUACUCGCCAUCUUCGAAGAACACCGCAAGUCGGAGCGCUGGGAGUCGCCGCUGCUGCUGGCCGCCGCCGCGCUCGUGCACGCUCUGUGGCUGGGCCAGUGCGGCGCCGCGCUCACCCACCUCACGGCCUCGGAGCGGUUCUGGUCGGACCUGGUGGCGCCGCUGCUGGCGGCCGGCGGUGCGCGGCCGCCGCCGCUGGCGCUCUCGGCCCACCUGCUCCGCACCCUGGCACUCCAGCUGUACUAUGCGCGGAAGCCCGACCCGCGACUGGGAACACUGCUGGGCAAGGCGACGGAGGACCGCGGACGGCUGCUCAACGCCUGGUCAAAGCUGGUGUGUGACGCCGCCGGCGGUCUGAGCGGGGACCUGAACUCGUCGCUGGUGCUGCUGGACGGCGGGGAGCUGGCCGGCGGCUCCUCCUCUGAGGAGCGGCAGGAGGACGGCGCCAGCCUGCUGCUGGCCUGGCGCGACUGGUGCCUGGUGGCCGCCACUCCAGGGAGUUCGGUGUCGAUCUCGGCUGAGAGCCAGCAGUGUCUGCUAAUCGACCUGCUGACCUCCCUGGAGCACCAGCUGAGCAGCGGCGCCGGCCGGCCGCGACUGGUCAACAUCCUAGCCGAGCUGGUCAUGAUGCUGACGGCGCGCUGGAACCAGCGGUGCGGCGACGCGCAGCUCAGAGAGCGCGUCUGGUCUCUUCUGGAGGCGUGCAGCGGCCAGUUUGACGAGCUCCCGGUGCGCGCCCGCUGUGCCAUCCUGACCACCGCCCUGCGGACGCAGCAGCACGGCCGUGCCGCCGCCGACUCGGACGCGGCCGGCUGUGUGCGCUGCCUGCCGCCUUGCUGCGACAUGCUGGAGCGCGCGCUGGUGCAGUGUGAGCCGGCUGAGGCGGCGGCCGGCUCGGAGCGGCUGGCCGGUCUGGCGGCGCUGCUGCUGCGCCGACUGCUGGUGGCCCCGGCGGCGCGCCGGCUGCUGACCGGCCGGCCCACGCUGACGGCUGUGCUGUCGGCGCUGGGCCGCCGGCUGCGCCAGGGCCGCCAGCCGCGGCUGUGCCAGCACCUGCUGCAGGCGGCGCUGGCGGCUGUCAGUGAGGAGCGCGCCGCUAUGGAGGCCGUCGGCCUGGGCCUGGCCGGAGAGCUGGGCCUGCCGCUGGCCGAGCUGCGACACCGGCUGGGUACCGAUGUCUCGGACGACUGGCGCGCGGUCUGGGUGCUCACCAUCCACCUGUGGACCCACCUGCUGCGGUCCCAGAGGCACUUCUUCGUCACAGACGCCAUCGACUUCGCCGCCGUGCACUGCGCGACACUGUGCGCCUCCAUAUCUCAGUUACGCACCCGACUGCAGCCGUCUGACCUGGAGGAGACGGAGGCCGCCGUCAGUUUCGUGGCCGGUCUGAUGAGCUUCAGCGCCCAGUGGCGGCAGCGGCACCGGCACUCUUACGACACGCUUCUGUCGUGGCUGAAGGGCUGCGUGGGCGUGUGCUUCUGGUACCUGUGCCGAGGCCGGAUCGUGGCGCUGCUCCUCGAGCGGCCGCACACGCUCGCUGACCGGGAGGAGCUGCACAGAGUGCGGCGGCUGAGCAGCACUGAGCCCGAGCCGGAGCGGCCGCCGCCGCAGGUCACCGCCGUCCAGAACAGGCUGGUGCGCCUAUCUUCGGUGUGCCUGGUGGCGCUGCACGCCCUCUCUCCACCGCUGGCACCUCUGGUCACCGAGGAUGGCCUUCAUCUGGACGCCUGGGAGCCCCUGGUCGGAACCAGCUUCGCCUCACCGACGCUGGACAAGCCGGGCCCGCCGCCACUCACGUUCGGCACCCUGCUGGCCGGGGUCAAUGUCUGCGUGAGACCGCUUACGAAGUCGGACCGGUCGUCACCUGUGGUGGGUGAGGCCCGCCUGGAGCGCCGUCCGCUGCUGGCGCUGCUGCACCAGACGCUGGUGCUGGUGCUGGAGCAGGCGGCGCUGCUGCAGCUCCGGCCGCCGCCGGACGCCGCCGAGCACCCGCUGAACCUGGGGCACCUGAGGGAGGAGGUGAAGUCCUUCCUGGACAGUCUGAAGCGGGACCAGCGGCGAAGCCUGUCCCACUCGCCGUCCGCUCGUCAACACCACGAGUCGGGUGGCGCGGACGAGGCCCGCUUCCUCGAGCUGGUGCAGCAUCUGGUCAACUCUGUGCUCAAGGGCUGACCUCCGCCCGACUGAGCAGUGAGGCCGGUCACCGCCCACCGACCGGCCGGCCGGGUCAGGGCGGGGAGAAGAGGGAAGAGAACGGCAUGAGAUGACCCUGGAGAAUGCGUCGAGCGGCGUCUGUCUACUCUGAGAAGGGAAAGUCGGCGAUAAUGGUGAUUUUGUACUGUGCUGCGACAAUAUUGCCCCAUGUGUUGAUGAUGAUGAAUACAUUUGUUACGAACACCA